CACAUUCAACACUGCCACGAUGAAGCAAACUGAACGGGUUAUGCAGGAGUCGCUUGAAGGGGAAGUACACGGCCCCACUUCAGGCUCUUAAGCCUCAGGGGUUCGUGUAGGCGUUGUAUUAUCAUGAGUGCUAGAUAUAAGACGGUAUUAUGUGUAAACUGGGAGGGAGGGAGCUGCAAGUAUGGAGACGCUUGCCAGUUUGCGCACGGAGCGCACGAGCUACGAUCUCGGGGCGAACAGGUUGCGACUGGCUUGGUGGUCGCGCCAGUAAGGACCACACCAAAGCUUGCAGGUCAACCUGCUCAGUCGCUGCAGAAAAGGCAGCUCUGCAAAUGGCACCAAGUGGGCGCCUGCAGCUUUGGCGCCCGCUGCAAGUUCGCGCACAGCGAGCAUGAGCUGUGCGCCCCAGGCGGAGCCUACGGUGGCAGCAACAGUCAUGGGUCGGCAGUCUCCCAGAACGGCGGUGGAGCCUUUCCGACAUCACCGCAGCCCGAGGCCGCGUCUUCUCCCACGUCCCAGACCCCGCCUCCCCCGCCUCCUCCGCUUCCCCUGCCGCGCCUGAGCCCCGUGGAAGUUCAUAAGAUUUACAAGGAGGCACUGGUGGCGGCGCGGUCGGGUGAUGCGGUCAAGGUGGGGAGCAAGGCUGGCGAGCUGCUAGCCCGCGGGCCGGCGCCGCACUACGGCCUGUCGCGCAACCAGGUGGCCGACCUGAUCGCCGCCGCCACCGCCGAGUACCCCAGCCUGCCCUGCCUGAAGGCCCUGCUGCCGCUGGCCCAGCCCUUCGGCGACUGGACCCUCCUGCACCGGCAGUACCCCACGGCCUCCCACCAACAGGCCACCGGCCAGGCCGUGUACUGCGGGCUACUGCACCAGGCCGCUCUGAUGCUGCUGGAGUGGCACAAGGCGGGCCUCGCGCAGGCAGCCACCACCGGGCUGGAGGUGCUGCGAGCCAUCUGUGCCGCGCGGCCCGCCGCCGUCGUGGACAUGAAGGCGCCGGGCAUCCUGUCCACGCCGCUGGAGACGGUGCUGCUAGCCGGCCAGGAGCCGCGCGGCUUCGUGGCUCGGCUGCUGCGCGAGGUGUCACCCAUCACCUGGCUGCACACGGCGCCGGGGCACGCGGCGCACCUGCGCGCGGUGGAGGUGUGCGAGGCGCUGGCGGACGACGAGGGCUGCCUGGUGGCGCGCAACCUGGGCUUCAGCCAGGCCUACUUCCUCACCUGCGCCUCGGUGCUGCAGGGCAUCUAUGACCGCAAGCGGCCCGCGUCCGCCUCCUACGAGGCGGUGCCGGAGCCGGUGCCGCCGCCGGCGUCCGGCUACAUCCAGCUGCCGGCCCUGGAGAUCCCCGGCAUCUCGCGGACCUUCACCGGCGUACGGACAGGGGCGCCGCCGCCGCCACCACCACCGCAUGCAGCAGCAAGCAGCGCUUCCGGGCAUGUCAAGGUGCACAGCCAGCCGGCCACGGCGCCGGCGGCUGGCAGCACUGCCUCCAGCAGCUCAGUGGCAAAGCAGCCACACACGCAGCAGCUCCAGUUGCCGUCGGGCGCACGCAGCGGCGCCGCCUCCUCCGCUUCCUCGGUGCAGAAGGGCCCUGUGGCAGCCGCGGUCAAGACGACAGUCGCCAGCGCCGCUGUGGCCGCGGCUAUCGGUGGCGCUGUUGCCGCCGGGCAGCGCGGCGCGCGCCAGCGGCAGCAGCCGCAGCAAGACGACGACGAUGAUGAAGAGGGGCCGCCCGCGCUGCUGGAUGACAACUCCUCGGAUGGCGACGGCGACAGCUCGGGCUCCGAAGACUUGCUGGGGCUGCUGCUGCAGCAAAAGCAGCCACCCAACUCCAAGGCUGCUUUGAAACAGCAAACGGCAGGCAAGCAGAGCAACGGCGCAGCGGCGGCCAGCAGCGGCUUCGCGCGCGGCUUCCUUGGCGGGGGCGGAGCCAGCACGGGCGCUGCAGCGGGCGCGGGGGGCAAGGCCGCUGGGCCUGCUCCCCAACCCGCAGCCGCAAGCAAGCCCCAAGGCCAGCAGCAGAAUGCGAUGCAGCAACAGGGGCAGCAGGCACGACAAUCGCAGCAGCAGCAGCAGCAGCAGCAGCAGCAGCAGCAGCAGCAGGCACAGGCCAAGCCAGCCAGCGGCGGCCUUGCACGCGGCUUCCUGGCUGGCGGCGCAACAGGGUCUUCCGGCACAGCUCAGGCCGCUGCCAGUGCGGCAGGCAAAGCACCCGCAGCCAGCGCUACAGGUGCAAGUGCUGGUGCGCAGGCGCUCGCCGCCAAGAGAGCGGCGGGCUCCGCCGGCGCGGCUGCCGCCAAAACGGUAGUAGCGGCCCCCGCGGCGGCAACGACCCCGGCCAAACCGGCCACCGCGCAGCCCGCCAAAGCAGUUGCAGCAGCAGCGGCAGCAGCCGCCGCCAAGCCGUUAGCGCCGCCGCCGCAGCCGGCCGGCGCGCAAGUGCUGAGGGCACUGCUGGCGGAGCUGACGGCGGCGGUGGACGCGAACGCCGCGGGCAAGGUGGCAGACGUCGUGAAGCGGCUCAACAAGGAGACCGCGGCGUGCACGCCUCCGCUACCUGUGGAAAAAGCAAUCCAGGCUCCAUGCUUUGCGGCCACCCAUAGCGCGAAGCAGAAGGUCGGAGACCUGACGCCGCUGACGAUCAAGGAUGACCCGCUUUGGGCUGCGGAGAACGCGGCGCGGGCCGCGGCGGAGUCUGCCCCGCAGGCGGGGCUGCUGGCGGAACUGCUUGCCGCGCUGCGCAAGUGCACCUGGAGGGCGGUGCUGGGCCACAUGUCGCUCUCCAUGCUGCAGGAGCUACGCAUAAUAAACAUCCCCUGCGGCAUUCCAUGGUGGCCGGAGAUCCUGCGUGACGCCUCUGUGCCGGCCGACCAGCCGUCACCCAGCCUGUUUGAGAUGCUGCUGGAGAAGGGCGGCGCCGUCGCCAGCGACUUGGCGGCGGGCCUGGUGGAGAAGCACAGCUACGUGCUGCUGUACGCCAACAAGAGCCCGGUGUGCCUGGCCCUGACCCGCAAGCUGCCGCUGAACGACACCGACUACAUCUUCCGCAUGAGCCUCGCCUACCGCUCCAAGGAGAAGGGCGGCGCCGCCAGGGAGACCCUCACGGCGGAGCUGCAGCUGCCCGAUCCGGCCGCGCCGCAGGGCUGGCGCCGCCGCCAAGUGAGCGCCACCGCCUUCGGCUGGUGGGCGCUGCUGCCGCACUGCAGCAAUGACGCCCGGGUGCUGUCGACGCUGCGGGCCAAGGUGGACCCCAAGGUGGAGCUGCCCGCCUUCGAGGGCCUGCCGCCGCUGCACGUGCUGGUGCAGUACGGGCGGCGGCCGUGGGAUGGGGUGGCAACGGUGGCCACGGACCGGCGGCUCAGCGCGCUGCUGUUCACGGAUGAGGGCGUGUUAAUCUCCCGGCUGCUGGAGCAAGUGGCGGGCGGCAUCACACCGCUGUACAGGGCGGUGCGCGUGGGCGACAUCCCGGCAGUGACGUGGCUGCGGCAGCGGGGCGCGAGCCCGCUGGUCAGCUGCACGGAGGAGGGCGCGGGCGGAUACAGCGAUACGCCGCUACACCUGGCGGUGACGCGCAAGAGCGCCGAGGCCGUGGAGGCAAUCAUUAAGCACUCCGCGCCCGACAUCCUCAAGAAGCUGGACACCACAUACGACAGCGACGGCGCCACACCCCUCAUGCUCGCGGCGGAGCUGGGCUACACCCGCAUCGUGGACCUGCUGCUGGCGGCAGGUGCCGACCCCUCCCUGCUGCACGACCUGCCAAACAAGGGCGCGAGCAAGUCAAAGAAAGGCGGCGCGGCCGGCUCUACGGACGCGCCGCGGGGCACACACCAGUCGGUCCUGUCACGGACGCUGCAGCUGCAGGAGGCGGAGGAGGAGCGGCGGAAGAAGCAGGGCAGCAACGGUCAGGCGCAGGGCGACGCCAAGAAGCCCAACCCGCAUGACGCUGUGCUGGAGGCGAUCAUCAGCAGUUGGAAGCCCCUGUGGAGUGGUGCGGCGCUGCAGCGCGAGCUAGGGCCGGACGGGUGCGCACGUGUGCGGGCCUGGCUGCUGCAGCACGCGGACACGACGCUGUGGCCAGUGAUCAAGGAGAUGGGUGCGGGCGGCGUGUCGCCAGGCGUGCUGACAGCCAGCCUCGUGGCGCUGCUGCUGGAGGUGUGCCGCACGGCAGGUGGCGCCGACUGGCGCGUGCCAGGCACCACCGACCCCUUCAAGCCCGCGGGCGAAGGCGGCAGCGGCAGCAGCACGUGGACGGGGCCGAAGGGCACACACCCGCCUCGGUCGCAGCUGUCGGUGUGGUCACUGGUUCCGGAGUCAGCCGCUGCCCAGGAUCACGCCAAGGCCAUAGCCGCAAAGGAGGGCAGCGGCAGUUUGGCGCCGGCGUGGCUGACGCUGCCCCUGCUGCGCGAGAUGCUGCAGCGCGGGCUGGCUUCGCCGCAUGAGCGCCUGCCGUCGUACGGCAUCAUGUCUGAGCUCUCCAAGGGCAGCACCCUGCUCCACAAGGCCUGUUUCAUCGGCGACUUGGACAUGGCGCUUCUGCUUCUGGAGGCGGGGGCGGACUGGAGCAGGAAGGACGACAACGGCAACACGGUGCUGCACUACGUCGCCAUGGGCAGCGCCGGUUACGGCGAGAGCCGCGUGCUGGCGCUGUGGCGCCUCUUCAUGUGGGGCCGUGCGGAGGGGAUUGCGGCGGGCGGCGGCAAGGGCUCGGCAGCUGCGGCGUCGGCGCUGCCGCCGCUGCUGAUUGAUCCGGAGCGCCUGGCGCUGGCGACCGCAACCAACACCAAGAAGCGCAUGCCAGAAGACCUGGCAGCCGCCAAGAUCAAGCCGGCGUUGAAGACAGAGAUACAGGCCCUCAAGCAGCGCGUGAACGCCAAGCUGAAGAACCAGGAGGCCGCAGCCAAGGCCGGCGGAAAGGCCACAGGCAACUCCAGCGGCAAAGCAGACAGCAAGGCGGGCGCCGCCGUGGCUGAGCAGCCGGCCGCUGACGCGGGCACGGCCGCCGCGGCUGCUGCCCCGGAGGCCCCGGGUGCGGCUGCGGCCCCGGCUGUGGCCGUGCUGAGCCCGGCGGAGCAGCUGAAGGCGCUGCUGGCGGACGACGAGGCCCUGGCCUCCGCUCCGCUGGCGCAACUGGUGGGCGUGCCGGAGGAGUCGGCGCUGCAGCUAGCCACGCGGCUGGCCAAGGCCCUGCCCGGUACGCUGCUUCGCGGCAAGCGGGCAGCAGGGGCUCAAGGAGCCGGCGGCGGCGAGGAUGGUGGCGGCGGCGACGGCGGCGAUGACGGCCUGUCGCGGCUCCGGGCGGUGGUGGAGGAGCUGCGGGAGGAGGACGACGAACAGGAGAACGGGGACGACGGCGCCGAGUACAGCGAGGACGACGCGCCGCCGCCCGGUGAGGAGCUGUUGGAGGACGAGGAUGCCAACGCGGCCGCCAUGCGGGGAGUGGCCGGUGACGCCGCGGCUGCCUCAGCGGCCGCCGCCUCCGCCAGCAGCAGCGGCAGCGCGGCCGCGAACGGCGGCGCGGCCCAGGCGGUGGCGGCUGCGACCGACUUCGACAACCACCCGCUGCGCAACCUGGCCUGGCCGCUGCUCAUCACCAAGGAGGCCAUCGCGGGCUGGGGCACGCUGAACGACCAGUGGAGGAAGCUGGUGAUGGCCCGGCUGCGCGUCAUCGGGCAGGGGCUGUGGCCGCGCUGCCGCGGCGCCAAGCGCAUCACCAGCGACGACCCACUGCUCAUGCCGCAGGAGCUGUGGCGGCUCAAGCUCACAAAGGGCGGCCGCAUCCUGUUCGAGGUGGCGGUGGACGACCACGACAGCAAGGGCACCUUCUGCGAGAUUAUCAGAGUCUGGUGCAUCACGCUGAACCACAAGGAGUACGAGGUGAUGAUUCAGCGCGUGCAGCGCUCCUUCACCAACUCACUGCGCAUGCGGCUGCGCAAGAAGCUGCAGCCGCUGGAGCAGGAGGGGCCGGCAGCGGCCGCGACCGCGGCCGGCACAAAGAAGGCGGCCGGCGCCAAGGCGGCGGCAGCCGGCGUCGUGGCUGCGGGCGGCGACCGCACCCGGACUCGCCUGCCGCGGUUUUACAAGGAGGCGGGGCUGGUGGACGGCAGCGGCGCUGGGGAUGCGGGCGGCAGCAAGGGGCAGGAGCAGGGCCAGGUGAUGGUGCUGCGGGAGCACUACCCGCCCGCAAGCUGGGCCGACGACACGUACACCACGCUCAAGUUCUACACGGUGGACGGGCUGCUGGUGAAGGCGGUCAUGUCGGGGCUGGCGGAGGCGCAGGUGGACUUCAUGUUCAAGCUGAGCCCGCAGGAGCGCGACCUCAUCACCAUGGUGCCCAGCCCGCCCUCCUCCAUCAUCCUGCUGGGCCGCAGCGGCACCGGCAAGACCACAUGCGCCGUGUUCCGCCUGUGGACCGCCUGGCUGGCGCCCUACCUCAGCCGCGCGCACGAGACGCCGCACACCGUGUUCGUCACCGCGUCGGCCACGCUGCGGGAGCAGGUGGCCCGCGCCUUCCGCAAGCUGCAGCGCGCCGCACUGCGCGACCACGAGUGGGAGCGCGCCUCCGCGGCCUUCAACACCACCUAUCACACCUUCAAGGACGUGCCGCCCGAGGCCUUCCCGCUCUUCCUGUCCAGCCGCACCUACCUGCGCAUGCUGGACGGCACCACCGAGCGCCCCUUCUUCCCGCGCGCCGCCAACGGCUCCAUCAUUCAGGUGGCGGGCGACGGCGAGGAAGCGGACCCCGACGGCGCGGCGCUGGUGGUGGCCCUGAACGAGGACCUGAGUGACGAGGAGGACGAGGAGGACGGCGCCGCCGCGGACCAGGAGCGGCAGCGCGGCGGGCCGGACGAGGAUGGCGGCGGCCAGGAGGGCGGCGCGGCGCUGUUUGAGGAGGAGGUGGCGGCGGCGGACGCGGCGCGGCGGGAGGAGGCGGCGCGCGCGCGGCUGCUGAUGGACAUGGAGGGAGCGGAGGCGGGCGGCGCGGCGGACGGCUACGGGCUGGGCGUGGCGGGUCGCGCGCGGCUGAACCGCGAGGUGACGUACCAGCACUUCGUCAGUGCCAUGUGGCCCAAGAUCACAACCCCCGAGCAGCGCAACCAGGUGGCGCCCGGGCGCGUGUACCAGGAGAUUGUGAGCUACAUCAAGGGCAGCGCAGAAGCCAUCUCCAGUCCCGACGGCCACCUCAGCCGCGAGCAGUACAUGGCGCUGGGCCGCAAGCGCGCCGCCAACUUCAGCGCCGACAUGCGCGGCGACGUGGUGUGGCCCAUCUUCGAGAAGUACGAGCGGCUGAAGCGACAGGAGUGGCGCUACGACAUGUUGGACCUGGUGGGCCACAUCUACCGCGAGAUGACCACCACGCCCGGGGGCUACGCCGGCACGCCCGUGCACGCGCUGUAUCGUGACGAGGUCCAGGACUUCACCCAGGGCGAGCUGCUGCUGGACAUGGUGGUGGCCGCCGACCCCAACAGCCUCUUCUACUGCGGCGACACGGCGCAGACCAUUGCGCGAGGCAUCGGGUUCCGCUUUGCUGACACGCGCACGCUGUUCCACGAGGAGAACACGCGGCGCCAGGAGGCGGCGGCGCGGCGGCUGGCGGCGGAGGCGGCGGACGAGGAGUCGGUGGGCAAGGCGCUGGCGCGGCGCGGCCACGGAAUGACCAUCGCCACGCCUCCCGUCCUCCAGCUGACCAUGAACUACCGGACGCACCAGGGCGUGCUGGACGUGGCGGCGGUGGUGGUGGAGGCGCUGAGGCGCUACUUCCCACUGCAGAUUGACAAGCUGGAGCGCGAGAGCGCGCAGUUCCCGGGCCCUCACCCGCUGCUGCUCGGCAGCAUCUCCGCCGACGACCUCACCUACCUGCUCAGUGGCUCCGACAAGAAGACGUCGCAGGUGGAGUUCGGCGCGCACCAGGUGAUCCUGGUCCGCAGCAUGGCGGCGGUGGACCAGCUGCCGGAGGAGAUCCGGGACAGCAACGCCAUCAUCAUGACCGUGCCGCAGGCCAAGGGGCUGGAGUUCGACGAUGUGUUCCUGGUGGACUUCUUUGCGGACAGCCAGGCCACCGCCGAGUGGCGCGUGCUGUGCUCCUACCUGGCCGAGCUGCAGGAGCGGGGCGGCAAGGGGCUGGACGGCUUCCAGUACGGCCUGCAGCAGGUCGCCCCGACGGACCCGGGCGCGGUGCGGCCUCUGGAGUUGAACGAGGGCACGCACGUGGUGCUGGCCGAGGAGCUCAAGCACCUGUACACCGCCAUCACGCGCGCCAAGAACAACGUGGUCAUCUUCGACCGCAACGCCGCCAAGCGCGCGCCCUUCUACCACCUGCUGCAGAGCCUGGGCAUGGCGCGCACCGUGCACAAGUCGCUGCUGGAGGACGGCGCGGACGCCGCCAAGUUCGGGCUGACGCAGAAGGCCACCAGCAGCCGGCACGAGUGGGCCAAGCGCGCGCGCAACCUCAUGGGCAACCGCAACUACGCCAUGGCGCGCAAGGCCUUCCUGCAGGCGGAGGACCAGGUGCGCGCCGAGGUGGCGGACGCACUGCUCAAGCGCCAGCGCGCCGGCCAGGAGUCCAUGCCGGACGUCGACAAGCGGCGGCUGCUGGCGGCGGCGGCGCUGCAGCUGCUGGCGGCCACCGCCCGCUGCGGCGAGUCGCCGGACCCUGUGGAGCCGGAGGAGCUGCGGCGCUGGGUGCGCGAGGCCAGCAAGUUCCUGGAGGGUUGCGGCAAGAGCAUUGAGGCUGCGCAGCUCAAGUUCAAGCUGGGCACGCAGCGCGCCGUGGCAGCGGCGCUGCGCCUGCUGGUGGACGCCAAGGAGUACGCCGCCGCUGCCGAGUGCUGCGUGCACAUGGCGGCGGCCGAGCUGGCGGCGGCGCGCGCCCGCGCCGCGGAGGAGGACGCGGCGGCGGCGGGCAGCAUGCAGCGGCUGCUGAUGACGGAGGCGGAGCUGGCGGCGCAGCGGGAGGCGCAGGCGCACCAGGCGGCGGUGCCGUGGCUGGCCAAAGCAGUGGAGCAGUUCCAGUUCGCGGGCAACAGCACGGCCGUGCUGGCGCUGCUCGCGCCGCCUGGCUUCGGCGGCAGCAAGGGUAGCGCCACAGGCGCGCAUGCUCCGCUUGCAGCAGCAGCCGGCAUUGACUCGGAGGACGAUGAUGAUGCGGCGGAGGAUGCGGCGGAGGAUGCGGCGGAGGACGUGGAGGAGGAUGAGCAGCAGCAGCGCGAGCUAGAGGCGCAGGAGCGGACGGGGCCGCUGGCACUGUUUGCGCCGCUGGCGCCGCGGCUGCACGCCAUGCUGGCGAGGCGCUGGCAGGGCUACGGCCAGGCGCUGAGGGCGGCCGCCAUCGCGCUGCACUCGCGCGGCUCGCUGCGGCGGGCGGGCGCCGUGGCGCGGCUGGUGCCCAUGCCGCAGGAGCGGGACACAUUGCUGGAGACGCUCGGCUACUGGCGGGCGCGGGCGCGGGCCCGCAGCGCGGUGGACCCGCUGGGCGCGGCGCAGGUGCUGCUGGAGCACGGCGACACGCGGCGGGCGGUGCGCCUGGUGCUGCGCUGCCUGGAGCCGCUGCCCGCCUCCUCGGGGGGCAUGGAGGCGGCCGAGGCCGGGGGCGCGGGCGGCGGCGGCGACCGGCUGACCCGGGCGGCGCGGCAGCAGCAGCUGUAUGAGCUGCAGCUGCGGCAGGAGCAUGAGCGGCGUCAGAAGCAGGUGCUGGAGGCCAACGCGCUGGCUGUGCUGCACCGGCUCGUCGCGGCGCAGACCAAGGCAGCGGAGGCGACGCAGCUGCGGCGAGCGCUGGAGGCUUGGAUGGCGCGGCAGGCGAAGUCGGAGGAGGGCGGCAAGGAAGGUGAGGAGGGCGCCGGUCUCACCAAGCGCAUGCUGCCCAUCCGCGGCCACGUGCUGCUGCUGGAGGCGCGCUUGCUGCUGGAGCCAUGGGCCGCAGCCGCUGCCGGGGGCGCCAAAGGCGCUGCAGGUGACAGCAAGGAGCAGCAGGCGGCGGCAGCGGCGGUGGCCACCAACGCGGCAUUGCGCGAUGCCGCAUGGCUUGAGGCCCGGCCGCUGCUCUUGACGGCGGUUGAGUGCUUCCUGCGCUGUGACCAGUGGCCGGGCUUCAUGGAGGCGGCUGAGCUGCUGCUGCGGGCCGCCCCCGACGCGGCAGUCGCAAGCCACACGGCCGCAGGGCAGCUGGCAGACUUCGAGCAGGCGCUGCUGCAGGCUAUGCAGCGAGGCGCAGAGCGCGCCGGUGACAGCGCCACAGUGGCGGCCGCGGCUUCGUCUCGCACGGCCGCAGCCAAGCAGGCCCUGGCCCGGAGCCUCGUGGUGCCGGAGGCGGCGCUCAAGCUGAUGCGGACCACGCAGACCGCGUGUGAUGCGCUCAGCGUGGGGCUAGGCAGCAGUGCGGGUAGCAACGUCUCUCUCCGCCCAGGCGGUGGACUGGUGGGCCGCGCCGGUGGCGGCGGCGAAAGGUCGCGCGCCGGCGCCGCCUCUUCAUUGAGCAAGCCGCAGCAGGAGGCGCUGUCGGCGCUGGAGGGGCUGCUGCUGCUGCCGGGCCUGUCGCGGCCGACUGAGGCGAAGCUGUCGGCGCGCAACGCCAGCCACAGCUGGUGGGCGGCGCUGGGGCAGCAGAACACGGAUGCGGUGCGGCGCGCGGCUGGGCCCAAGGCAGCAGCCGGCUCCGGACAGGAUGGCAAGGAGAAGGAAAAGACGUCUGGGCAGUCGAGCUGGGCGGCGGUGGCUGCCAAGGGCGCGGCCGCAACGGCGAUGGUGUGGGAUCCGGAGGUGCCCGCGCUCGCACCCACCUCGCACCUGCUGCUGCGUUGCCACCAGACCGCCAUGGCCCUGGGCGAAGGUGGAGCCAUGGCGGCAGCCGUGGAGGCGGCGGGUGCUGGUGCCAGUCAGAUGCCGCUGCCGCGUGCCGCCGUCGCGGCGGUCGCGGCUCGGAGCCUGACUAUCCGGGCUGCCUGCCUGGCACACCUGGCGGCACGCGGCGCCCUGGCUGCCUACUUGCACCCUGCGCCGCCGCCUCAGCCCGCCCUGCCCGCGGGCGCCGGCGGCAAGGCUGCGGAGGAGGGCACGGAGGGUGAUGCCGGCAAGCAGGAGCAGCCGGCGGAGGCCGCGGCGCCGCUCAGCUGUGAGGUGGUCCUGGACCGGCUGCGGCCGCUGGUGUGCGCUGCCCGGGCGGUGCACCUGGCCAAGAUGAUGGUCGGCAGCGUUGGGCAGGCCUUCUCAAUGGCCGCGGCGGCGAGCCUCCGCAAGUGCCUAGAUGCGCAGCUGCGCUACUUGGCGGCUGCUCUGGUCGCGGCCUCGCUGCCGCCUGCGGCUGCGCCCGAGCUGCUCGCAGAGCUGCUGCAGCCGCGGCCGCAGCCGCAGCGCAGGCCUGGCGGCGGCGGCGGGCCGCCUCGGCGGGUCAUGGGCGAUCUGCUAGAGUUGCUGGCGCGUGACGGCUUCCCGCACCGCGAGCUGGCGGACUGGGCGGAGCACCUGCUGGUCAGGUGCAUGCCGCUGGAACUGCGCAUGCCGCUGGCGCCUGCCGUGUCGUACCUGGCGUGCCGCACGAUGAUGCUGGUGGCACCCGACAGCGAGGACCGCGCCUCCAAGCUGUGGUUGAUCAAGGACAGCAGUGCGAAGGCGACCGGAGACGUGCCCCCGGAGCGGCUGGUGCAUGACGACAAGAAGACGGGGCCGGCGGAGGCGCUGCUGGUGUCCGCCUUCCGCGCCAUGGACAGCUCCCCGCUCCGCGCCGUGGGGGACCUGCUCUACUACCUGGCGUGGUGCGCCCGGAGAGACGGGCUGGCGGCGGUGACGCCCACUGACGCUGCGGCGGAAGGCGCGCAGGCGCCGGCUGGUGCAGCUGCCGGCGGCAGCAAGCCCGGAAGCGGUGCAGCGGCAGCAGCCGGGCCCGUGGGCCUGUCGCUGCCGCUUGAGGCCUACGCCGAGCUGGUGGAGGUGACGGUGGGGCAGCUGCUGCUGGCGGCCUGCGACAACGCGCUGCUGCCCGGCAACGUGGCGGGCACCCUCUCGGGGCUGCCGCGCGUCAGUGACCCUCAGGCGGGCCUGAACGGCGUGGCGGACACCUGGGCGCGAGAGCUGGGCUUCCGGGGCCCGGCCGUGGGCGAAGGAGCAGGCGGCGGCGGUGGCAGCGGCUGGGGCUGGGGCCGAGGCCGUGGCCCGUCGCCCAAGGAGGUGGCAGAGGCUAAGGCGCGGGCGGUGACGGCGCGCAAGGAGGUGGCGGGUCAGCUGCGUCUGGCCGCGCGGAUGACGUUGUUGCUGGCGUCCCACAUUGACCAGCGCCUGCAGGACACGGCUGCGCCCGCUGCGGGCGGCGCAGGCGGCGACUCGGCUGCGUCCCCUCCGGAGCUGGAGUUGUUGCAGCAAGAGGUGCUGCCGCUGCUGGACGCCCCGGGGCGGCGCGAGGCGCACGAGCUGCUGAGGCAGCCCGGCGGCCCAGGGGCGCAGCCUCGCCGGGCGCAGGGCAAGAGUCGCGGCGGUGGAGCGGAGGCCGGCGUGGGCUCGGGUGCGUCCGUUGCACCGCCGUCCGCAGGAGCCAGCGGGCUGCGCUUGCGGGCGAUUGCGCAGCGCGUCCUGCUGGCGGCAGGCGCAGCCUACGUCUCGCUGGAGCUGCAAGAGAGUGUGGUGAAGCCGCAGCGGCAGCAGCAGAAGGCGGCGGCGGAGCGGCAGCAGAAGCUGGCGGGCGGCGGCCCUGUGCCGGAGCCGCCGCCGCUGCGCGGGGGCUGGCCGGCCGAGGCCUCCGCGGGCUUUCGGGACGCAUGCACGCUGCUGCAGGCGCGUGUGGCGCCGGCCUGCUUCCAGCCGGCCACCGGCGCGACCGACCUGGCCUCGGUGGCGCAGGCUGCGGACGCGCUGGCACGGCUGUCGCAGCGGGUGUGCUACCCCAGCUCGCGCCUGAGCACGGGCAUGCGGCUGGUGGGCCCGGACGCCAACCGCGAGUACGAGGGCCUCAGCGGCGCGCGGCCGCCCAAGGGCCCCCUGGCGCUGCUGUUCCAGGCGGCGCAGGCCAAGAUGCAGCUGCCCAAGGCGGCGGCGGACGCGGGGAUAGGAGGCCGCGUCAAGGCCGCCAGCGACGCGGUGGCGCGUGUGGCCGCCCGCGACUUCCAGGCCACGGAGGACGAGCGCGUGCGGCAGCGCCACGCGGCGGCGGUGAUCCAAAAGCGGUGGCGCGCCUGGAGGCAGCGGCGCAUCGAGGCGGCGGAGGCAAUGCGGCGGCGCCAGCUGCAGGCCAACGCGCUGGAGACCCUGCGCCGCUCCAUACGCUUCCGGGUCUGGGUGCGUGCGCGCCUUGCAAACGCGCGCAAGGCCCUGGACGCGCGGCACUUCGGGGAGCGCUUCACCGCGGGGUGCGCCGCCGCGGUCCAGUUCGGCGAGCAGGCGCUGCACAUGGCGGACAUCGAGGCGGUGCUGAAGGCGCGGUUUGUCCAGUUGGACCGGUGCCCGGUGUGCUCUGGCGAGACGCUGCGCAAACAGACGGAGGAGCUGAAGCAGCAGAUGGCGCAGCGGGCUGCGGGCAAGCUCAAGGGCGCAGCAGCGGAGUUCCGACCGCACAAGAACACGGUUGAUCACCUGGAGGCCGCCAACUCCUUCACAACCUUCCGGGACGUCUACAACGGCGACCUGCCGACGCGGCUGGGCGGCAGCGCCGCGCACAUGGACCAGCUGCGUGCCAGCCUAGACCGCUUGGAGCAGCUCGGCGUCAGCGACGCUUCGCUGAUCAAGGGCCGACUCGUGGCGGAGGCGGACCUGGCUCUGCGCGGCGUGGAGCAGGCCCGUGCUGCGCUGGAGGCCAGUCUGCGGCAGCUGGUGGAGGAGCGCGUCUGGGACGUGGGUGUCCUCGCAUCGAGGAUGUUUCCGCAGUACACCUCGCUUGACGCGGCCGUGCAGCGGGUUGACAUGAUGCGGGUCCACGUGGAGGGACUGGCCGCAGCUGCGCGCCGCACGGCGCUGCUGCCCCCUGACGAGCAGCUGGCAGCCAUUCAGCCCAAGCAGCAGCCCCAGCCCCAGCUGCAGCAGCCACAGGAGCAGGACCAGCACCAGGAGCAGGAGCAGGAGCAGGCGCUGCGGUUGCCAAGCGGUGAAGUCCCAGAGCAGGAGCAGGCGCAGGAGCAGGUGCAGGCGCAGGAGCAGCAGCCUGUGGGAGUCUUUGCGGCUGGCCUUGAUGUCAGACCUGCUGACGGCAUGGCAGCGCAUGCAGCCGCCGCCGCCGCCUCUCCGGCCAAGCAGGCCGUGCCCGCGUUAGAGGGGCCGCCGGGGACUCGGCCUGGCCUGCAGCAGCCCUUCAGCUCACCGACACACCAGCAGCAGGGGUCCGCAUGGGCGGCGCAGAAGCCUGUUAUUCAAUUCACACCGCCGCCGAUGCCGCCAAUGCCUUCGGCGCUGCUGCAGCAGCUGUCACAGGGGCAAGGGCAGAGCUACGCUGUUGCCGCCCAGGCGGGCGCCGGCGGCCAGGCAGUUAGUCCCUACAGCAACCAGUCGCACGCGCAGGCCGCUCACACGAUGGGGUACAAUCAAGUCUAUGGCGGUCUGGGUGGCAUAGGCGCAGACCUGCCUCCGGGCCUGUCGCAAACACCUGGUUACGGCGCGGCUGCAGCUGGCUCAACGGCCGGGUAUGCUGCGUCCGGGUUCGCGCCGCCCAACUUUACGGCGCAGGCUGGAUUCCCGUUCCAACAGCAGCAGCAGUUCCAGCAACAGCAGCAGCAGCAGCAACAGUAUCAAUACUUGCCGCACAUGCAGCAACAGCAGCAGCAACAGCAGCAGCAACAGUAUCAGCCGUACUUGCAGCAGCAGUACCAGCCGCCGUCGCCUGGCAUGAACGCUUCCAUGGUGUCUCCAGGCGGCAUGCCUGGCUUCAUGCCGCAGCAGUACGGCAUCGGCUACUUCCCAAGCGGAGCUGCAGGUGGAGGAGCGGCGGCAGGGAUGCAAGGAGUGGCUGCAGCUGCAGCCAUGGGCGCGGCGGCGCAGUUCGGUGCUAUGGGCGGCGCAGGGGGCUUUCCGGCAGGGGAGCCGGGCACGGACGCCAUCCUGCAAGGCGCACUGAUGGAGGACGAUGACGAGGACGACGACGAGUGGCAGCAGAGCCGGCGGCAUGGCCGAUAUGACGGCGGGGGCCGGGGCGGGGGCCGGGGCGGGCGGGGCCGGGGUCACAGCGCAGGGCCGCAUGGGAGUCCCUACGGGCCGCCAGGCCGUGGACCUGGAGGCGGUGGAGGCCGCGGUGGCCGCGGCGCCGGUGGAUAUGGCGGUGGCUAUGGCGGUGGGCGCGGCAGCAACGUGUAUGAGGCGCUGCGGGGUGCCAAUGCCACACCUUCCAGGGCCGCGCAGCGGAUGGGCUUGAGCUAAUGUUAUUUGAGCCAAGCCCGCAUGACUCCAUGAGCCCAUAUGUGACGUGAGCAGAUGGCGGCAGCAGGUGGCUAUACGUUUUAGACACAUGCAGUUUGCUUUCGGAGUGCGGCGUGAUGCGCAGCCGGGAAAGGAGGGUGGCGGAAGGAGGACCGUGUCGCUCAUUGCUCUUACAGACAAGAAGCCCCUGGUGCUGGCCGACAUGCCUCAUGUAUGUGAGCACUGACACGUGGUAGGUAGUGACAGUGCGGGAUAGGGUGCGAUGGGACAGGAUAAGGGGCAGGCUGGGGUAGCACCGUUGUGUGCAGCGUGUUCCCAGACCCCGACAUUCAAUUCAAGUUGCUGUACCGUAUUGAGACAUCGCUGACUGGCUGGCAGGCUGGGAGUGUGCUGAUGCGCAAUCCUCACGAUCCGGGCGCCCGGCGAGGCGAGGCGAUAGCACCACACACACACACACACACACACACACACACACACACACACACACACACACACACACACACACAAACAUGCACACACAGUGGAGGCUGGCAUGGUGGUCGCAACUGGCACGGUCUGUAGCAGCUGCCGAGUCAUAGGGCAGGCGCACGGCGUCUGGGCUCACGAAGAGUUGAGGCCAGACCCCGGCCGGGGGCAGAAGGCAUGCGAGUCGUUAGAGCGAGGCGAGACAGCCUGGCACACAACCACGGACAGACAAUGCCCAGACAGCCUGGCACACAGCCACGGACAGACAAUGCCCACUCCAGGGGCUGGGGUUUCUGACGGCGGCACGUGUGGCACGCAAUGUAAAAUACCAGGCGA